GAACUACAUGACAUCGGAUUUUGAUAUCGAACAACAAUUGCGACUCUGGGAAUAUGUGGCCGAGCCGACCUUGAUUUGCAGCAACAACGCCACUGAUUCAAGUCGAGCAACAAUCUCGGCUGUUGGAAGAAGGCCCCAUUCGUUGUUUCUUAAAGCCUGAUCGGUGGGGCAUUCCGUAUUUCAGGCCGCUGUUCCAGGUUCUGUCAGGUGGCCUGCUCCCGUGCCGCGCUCAUCAUCCUUGCUCCUCGUCUGUUGUUUGGACAUCGGUCCGUUUGAUCCUGAGAGGUGCCCAUCUCGAGCCGAUUCUACGCGGCCUUUAUUUUUACCUGUUCAUCCGCUCAUUUUCGUCUUGCCCAGACAGCGCCUCUCCGACAUUGAUGGAUAAGUCGCGCCUUGCGACAGGCCCGACACCAUGUUCGACAUCUUUGCUAAGCUGCUCUCCUCUAUCACGUCCUUCCUCUUCCCACUGUUCGCGAGCUACAAGGCCCUCAAGACGUCUGACCCGGCCCAAUUGACGCCAUGGCUCAUGUACUGGGUCGUCCUAGCCUGCGCGCUUCUCGUUGAGUCGUGGAUAGAAUGGUUCCUGGUCUGGAUUCCCUUCUACGCCUACAUUCGCCUCCUCUUUCUCCUCUACCUCGUCCUUCCCCAAACACAAGGGGCGCGCCUAUUCUAUGAGGAAUACCUGCACCCUUGCCUCGAAGAGAACGAGACAGCGAUCGAGGAGCUCAUCACCUCGGCCCACGACCGCCUCCGCCGUGCCGGCAUUGCCUACCUAAGCCGCGCCAUCGAGCUGCUCAAGACCAACGUCCUCGGCAUGCCGCCCUCCGCAGAGCCGGCCGCCGCCGCCGCCCCGGAGCCGCAAACCCCGCAGUCAUACACCCAAUCCCUCCUCGCGCGCUUCACCCUUCCCUCGACGAGGUGGAAUACCCGCCAAGGCGCAGCUGCUAGCGGACAAGCGCAGGCAACUGGGGGAGGCGGCCUUACGACCGACUUCUUCAACCUCCUGUCUUCGGCGGUCAGCGCCGCCGCCUCGGCUACUUCUUCUUCUUCUUCGUCCAAAUCGCCAGCCGGCGCGAGCAGCACCAGCACCAGCACUAGCAGCAUUAUUCCGGAAUCGAUCCGCGCAGCCGGUGCCGCCGCCAGCGUCUCCUUCAUCCAGGCGCAGCGAGAGCGCCUGCGGAUCGUGCUGUCGGCGCUGGACCGGGAGGAGGCGGCCGCCCAUCAGCAGGCGCAGCAGCAGCAGCAGCAGCAGCAGCAGGCGCAGGGACCCGAGCAGCUUUCUGCUGCUGCUGUUGGUGGCGGAGGAGCCGGAGGGAACGGCGACAAGCGGAAGUCGGUCAGCGAGCUCAGCGUGGGGAGCGGGCUGAGCAAGAGCCGGUCCGAGCCGGACUUUGAGAAGCUGGAUGCGCCCAGCGGCGGGGAGGAGGACGAGGGCAGCGCACCGGCAGGCGUGAGGAGGAGGGCUGGGGGCGCGCCCGAGACGCCCGCUGGAGGUCGAAGCGGUGGGGGAUGGAUGUCGUGGGGUUGGGGCACGGGUGGCGGGGAAGGGGGAGGAAGGAGCUCGGGGGUGGAGAAGUGAGUUGAGAUCCGAUAGUACCUGCCUGGACUGAUCUUUUUCUGUUCCUUUGAUUUCGCAUGGUUUCUAUGGCACAGUAGACCUCUCGGGACUUGGGUUGGAGUGUGUGUGGGAUGGGGUGCUCGGCUGAUGGCGUUCUGUUUUAUGAUUCAUUACACGGCAGAGUUAUACGCAUAACUUGGGGUUCGAACAAAUUGUCUCGGUGAACAAAGAAGCCGUAUGGAACCUUUGGAUUCCCAUCCCAUUUCCAAAGAGGAGUACUCCUGGUCUCCGAUGACGUGAGAGAUUCUAUAUAAUACAAUAAUAAUGUACAGGCUGUCGAGCAGCCAGCGGCAUCCCCCCC